AGCGUCUCUCGCUCGCGUCGGUCGUCGCCCGUCGGUCCGACAACGACACUCGACAGUUUCUCGCUGCUGCUCGUCGGGUGCGCGCAGGAGCGAUAAAUAUACUGGCUGAUCUUCCGAACAUUACUGCACAACGGAGUUACGAGUUCCACGUGCGCGGCCGCGUCUCGUGCACCUGUGUGUCCAUUGUUGUUUAUUGCCAUUGUUGUUCGAGGAGUUCUCGUGCAAGACGACCGGCUGCAGAUUGCAGGAGUGAACCGAAGGGAGAAGUGUCACGUGCGAGAAAGGGAGAUCGGAGAGGAUUACACAGAUUUCGCACCGGACGCCCGCGAGCGAAAAUUCGCACACCACUGGUAAGCCUCGAAUCAGAGCUGCUGCAGAGCUGCGCCAUCGUCGGGCUUGCAGACAACCGAAGCUCGCGCCAUCCCGACUUGACCACUCGCCACGACGGCGCAGAAGAAGAACAGCAGCGCCGGUAAGAUGGCAAGCACCGGCGAGGUCUGGGUCCAGUGGUUCACGUGCUGCCUGACCCAGCAGCGGCCCGGGGCCAGAGCCAAGCGGCAGAGGCCCCAGCAGCAGAGGCUCAGGAUAGACCGGAGCAUGAUCGGCGCGCCCACGAACUUCCAGCACACCGGGCACAUCGGCACCGGCGACCUGGACAUGGCCAGCGCACACCUCCACGCUAUUCAGAACCAGAUGCAGGGAAAGGGCGGCUACGAGGCCUCUUUUGGCGUUAAGGCCUGCUGAGAGUUGCUUGCCCCGCGGGUGCUCGAAACCGAUCUCUGAAGAGUCAUCGGCAACCCACGACGACGAUCGCGCACAUAGACACACCGAGAGCGAGAGAGGCUGUCGUUCUCUCAUAUUUAUUUCUCGAGCGCCGGAAGUCAAUCCCCGGGACACUCGGGGCAACGGAGAGCAGCAGCAGCGCCGGCGGCACCGGGAAACACACACACACACACACCUGUAUAUGUAUAUACGCGAUUACGACACACGCAUACGAUAUUAGACUGGGAGGGUGUGGAUCGACUCUUUGCGAGUUUGACCGUCCGCUACGAUGCAACUGCGUAGCGGCACGACUUUUCAACGCUAUCAAAGUAUAUACAAUUAUACAUAUAGAUGCGAGGGGCUUCGAUACUUGUAGGUGAAAAAAGAAUGCGGCGGCGGCGGUGGAAGCGUUUUUAGAAACAGGUGCAGACUCCGAUCGAAUUUAAGCCGGGAAAUGUGCUCGUGCGUCGACAGCACUGACUUUUCUUUUGCUGUUCGAAUUCGAGACUUUACACUCUGUCGCUUUUCCAAGCAUGCCUAAUUUUACCUUAUAUAUACAAAUUAAUAAAUUUGAUUGUCUUUAUCGAAGUUUCCACGGCAAAAAGGUCGUACUUUCACGUUUUCGCACAUUGAGUAUGCCAAUUUUAACAAUCAAAAGGACUGCCUCGUCGGAAUUUUAAAAGUCUACAAAACCUCGAUAAUAAACAAGACUUAAAAGUGGCGCGCGUGAUUUUUUUCGACUGUACUUUACACAGAAGCAUGAAUUUUUUAAAAACUUUUUUGAUUCAAAACGCCUAGAAGCAGGAACAAUCAAUUUACCGCCAAAUAAUUUUGGCAAUCUAUAGAUUGCGUAUAUAUAAACACCUAUCUACAUGAAAGAUUCUUGUGGAUAGCCCCCUCGGGGAAAUCGCUGCCUUCGGUAGUUUUUUUAAUUGAAUAAAAGUUUAAGUAUACAUUGUAGUUAAUACAAAAAGAUCUCUCCAGUGUGUUCAACACUCGACGAUUAAACGCCGUGAGAUAUCGAGAAAAUCGCACACACCCUCUUGUAUUGUGAUAAGCUGCGCGUUUAUUAUUGUUCUUUCUCGGAUUUUGUAACCAAUCACCUAAUAAUACUGUAACGGCUAAAUAAUCCUAUAAGUAUAGUCGUCUGAAAGUCUGCACGUUGUUCAACAAAUAUUAUACUAUACGCAAUUACUCAAAUCAUAAUGAAAUUGUUCUCGCGAUUGCCUUUUCGCAGUACCUUUAUAUAAUAUAGUUAAGUUUUAAACGACGUUGAUGAAAUUUUGUGUUAGCAUUUAACUUAUUGAUCACACACACACACACGCGCGCCCGCGCGCGCGCACACACAGACACGUUGCGUUUAGUUGAUGAUAAGAGAAAAACGACGAUUUAUAUUUUCAACGAAUGGACUUACUUGUCUCACCUGUGAAAUACAUUUUUUAUUUAUUGAUUUAAGUUCAACUCUUGUAUAGUAGUGUGUUAUACGAGCCUUAGCCUUAAGAAUUACUGUAUUGCAUAUUUUGUUAUAAGACUAAUUUUAAAAAGCGAAGAAGUUAAGGGUAUGAGUGCGCAAGAUUUUGCGAGUAUUCUGCUAUUGUAUGCCUUGCGAUCGAAAGUAAAGUGUAAUACGCAAUGAUAAUAAUAAUUAAACAGCCGAGUCGAAAAUUUCGCAGUCGGGUAAUAAUAGAAUAAUAAUAAAAAGUUUUCGUCUGAUACUCUAUACAUGAAUUAUAAAUCUAUAAUCGAAGCAUAUGCAUAAUGAAAUGUAACGAAACUCGAAAUUUUCGACACAGGUAUAUACGCAUCGUGAAAGCAGAAUAGAUGAAACAUAAUGCAUAAUUGACAGUCUUCCUCAAGAGCGAGAGACCGUUGCUUUAUCUACCCCUAACGCGAUAGAAUAGUUGCACGAAAGCGAGACGCUGUAAGAAACUUUUCGAUAAGCGCGCGUGUGUGCAUAGGUUUGCCAGCGCAGUUUCCAGUCCUCGAUUGCCAUCUAAUUGAACUUCGACAUAAUGGCGGGGAAGCUUUCGAGCGAGAGAGAGAGAGAGAGGUAAUAGUGCGAAAAUUCUGAAAUAAUACUCUUUUUUCCUUCCUUUGUUCGUCCGCGAAGACUGGAAAUUGAUUAUACUUUUAUCUUACGCGCGUUAUUAUGACUUUUGCAACGAGCGUCGUUUAUCAAGACUCGCCGAUUCCAUUCGUUAUUUACGUACGAUACGGUAAUAUGUAAAAGCACACUAUCGGUAUUGUAACGAUUAUAUUAUUAUUAUUAUUACUAUUAUUAAGAACUGACUGUAACUUCUAUUAGAAAAUAAAAUAUUCUAUCUGCUAUGAA